ACGAUGUCUUUGUGAAGUAGGUGAGUGCUGACAGAGGAGGGAGGCAAAGACAAAAGAACUGAAAGGCGGUGGAGGAGUCUGUUGGUGAGGACUAGAAGCAGACAGAAGGAUGGUGCCUCUGUGUCAGGCAGGCAUGAAGUCAGUUGCUGUAACUUUCUGUGUCCUCUGCUUUCAUUUUGAAGCCCUGUACAAUCAGCUCUACAACCUUGACCCCCAGGCGAUGGUAGAAUUUGAAAAUGGAAACUUCAACUUCACAUUUCCCAACCCCCAAAAUGUGAGUGAGUUCAGCAUGACCCUCUUCAAAGGGAAAGAAAAGAAGGAAAUCUGUACACUCCAUUUGAAUGAAGAGAAUGUUUUCCCCAAGAGUAAUGUCACCUACUGUGAGACGAAGAAUUCAAAUACCAGCACCACCUUCAUUCUUAAAAAUCUGGAAAGAAAGCAUAUGGACAUUUAUAUCUACUGUCUGGAGGUAUUCUUCCCCCCUCCUUAUAUAGAUUGCCGCCUGAAAGAAAUCUGUUUGUACAUCCCAGAUAAGGAAGACUGCUUUUCACUGGGACAGGAGUCAUGGGUAAUUAUUGGCCUGAUCAUGGUUUCCCUGAUUUCCUGUGUCUGCUGUGUUGUAGUCUGUUGCUUAAGGAACAAGAUUCAAAAGUGUGACUCCAACUCCCACGAGUACAACAGUGAAUACAUGCCCAUGGCAGCAGUGAAUGCAGCUAAAAAACCAAGAAUCUGAGGCAUAAGUUGCUUGUGGUGUGGAAAUUUUGGAAGCACAGUUUUCCAGCUACUUGAACCUGGACAAUGGGAAGUCAUCAUUUCCUCACCUUUCCCAGCCUCCCUGAGCUCUCAUGAUGAUCCUGUGCUCAGUCAUGAGACACCCAGCCCCGUACUGUUCUGAGCUGUGUUUUGCUCUAGCUUUGUUUGUUAACUGGCACCCUGCCCAACCCACUGACUUGGACAUGAAGUGCCAACAAUGUGUUAAAGAUGUCAGCUUGUAGUUGAAGAAAAUGUAGAAAAUGAGUUUGCUCUAGAGUAGAUUGCUGUAGUGCUGCCACAGAGAGAACUUUUAUUUUCUAGUCUCCUUUAUGACAAACUUUCCACUGGUGACAAAAAAAAAAAAAAGACUACCUCCAGUGCCAAUCCUUGUGGCACAGCCAUACUGUCAAUGUAUUGCACAUGCCCUUCAUUUUGGGCUACUUUAGCAGGGGAACAAAACCCAAGA